AUGCUGGAAAACACCACAGUCUCAUCCCUCGUUGACAUUGACCGGCUUCUCUGUGAUAGAAUCACCUCUAUUGGCAUCCCUGUUGGUGGAUUUCCGUGCACCUUGGACACCGUCAAACCCCUCCUCAAGCGUGAGAUGGGAUUCCACGUCAUUCAUGAAGGUGUUGGCAAUGCAGUUCGAUUGGAUUUCGAGCGCUCCAUUUUCAACCAAAUCGUUCCUCAAACCAAUAUUAAGGCAGGGAGCCUUAAACUAAUCAAGUACAAUAGAUUUGGUGGACCACCUGCAUACUCUAGCAAGGGAUGGACAUUCAAUCGCAGCAAACGAGUCAAACGGAGUGAAGACCUUGAUUCAGAUACUGACGUACUGCAGGACGAUGAAGGCUCAGACACAGAGAUCAACGGGGACAUAGACUCGGAGGACGACGAAGACUCAGGUGCAGAUGAUGGUGGUGGCGCAAAGCUCAAUUAUGAGGGUUCACUCGGAUCGGCAAUCCUCAGAGAUCAACUAGUUGAAUUUGAAGAGAGUUGGGAUGGCCUUGAAUUUAAAGACGGGUUGAAGAAAAGACAACAACAACAGGUGGUGCACACCACUGAGACAGACCUGCAGCGUCUCUUUUGUACUAUACAGUAUCACUUGCGCAACACGCUGAAGGACGAAAUCCCCUACAUAUUUGCGAUGGGUGCCCAGUACUGGACUGCAGAGUUCUCUACCACUGCCAUUCCAGAUGAAUUUAACACACAGAAGCCCGAUUUAUCCCUGUUCGACUUCACACUCCUGAAGGAACAGAAAUCAUGGGCAAAUGUCCUGACCUUCAUGGAGCAUACCUCUUCUGAUCUUUCUAAGAAUAGAGACUUACCAAUAUAUUGGGGGGUAGCAAUCAAAGCAUAUCUAAUCAUGCGAGAGCAACCAUGGCGUUGA